UAUACAGAAAUAAAAAUAAUAAUCAUGAAUGGAGUACGAGGAAGUGGUGGUGGACGCCAGAGUAUACGCGGGGCGCCUCCUCAAGGGCCAAAUCGCGUAAAAGAAAGGGAUGAAGAUCUUCUCCUGUUCAAGGAGUUGCAUAAGAAGGACAGGGUUGUCAGCCUACUUCAGCCAGUUUCUGAUGAGUUUGAACCAACUGGAAAUUAUGCUCUUUACAGAAUGGCUUCCGCGAAGAAAGGACCUUCACUUGAAUUUCUGGCUGAGAAUGAGAAAAAUGACUAUGAUUGGCUAAAAACACCGCCUGCAACACCUCUUUUUCCGUCUCUGGAGAUGGAAGCAAAUGCGCCUGACAUGGUUGUUCACAGGGAGCUGCCGAUUAUCCAAACUCUCUCAAGGUUUGCAGGCAAUACAGAGGUGGCCAAACAAGCUAGCAGCACGAAGAGUACUAUUGCAAGAUCAAAGUCACCAAGUCCUAAAUCAAAAGUCCCAUUCAGAUCCACGACCCCGAACAGAAAACAAAUGCCUAAUCCCUCAGCUGAGCAGAAGAAAAACAGUAAAUCUGCUCCCACGUUCUUCAGCCAAAAACCAAGCCUAGCUGUGACUAACACAUCAACUGAGCAAUCGGAUAGAUUAGAUGCAACUUCCACCCCUACUAAUUCCUCGAGGAUAUCUACAUUGCCAAACCAAAGAGAAAGCCAUCUGAAUUUUUUUUCUUCAAACCUCUCCAAAAGCAUUGGAGAGCUCAAUUUAUCAAAAACGAAACCUACUAGCAGAGGUGUAUCGCCACAAGUCAUGAGAUCAAUAAAAACUACAGCUCAGACCCUCGGUGUUUCUGAUGAAACACCUCCCAAUCUCAAAACAGAACGGUCAGCUUCGGCUCUCAGAGCCCAAGCUGACCGAGCUAGUUCAGCCCUGAGGGGCAGAGCACGACGACCUGUAUCCGCCUUCAGAGACCGCCCUGAAACUCAAAAUCCAAAGCAAAUUAACCCUGUUGUGGUAGAGACCGCGACUAAAACAGUUAAUAGGAGACAAUCAUGCUCACCGAGUGUGACCAGGGGCCGAAAAGUUGUCUCAAGUAGUACCGAAGAAAAUUCAGCAACAACUCCAAAAGGGAAGCUUCAAGGCCAGGUUUUCGGGAGCAGAAUGGUGGAUAAGUUUCUGACAGCAAGGAAAUCAAGCACCGAAGAAAAGGCAGGACCAGUUCUGAGGAGCAGAAUGGGGGAUAGUUUUUCGAGUAGUAAAAAAUCAAGCGAUGAAGAAAAAUCAAAUGGAAAUGGAAGAAUCUAUGGUUCUAUUAAUGAGAGCUCUGGUUUUGGAAGGCUUAUGGCCAAGAGUUCAUUGGAUGUGGCUGUCAAACAUAUGCAACAAGAUAAACAAAUGGCGAAAACUCGACAAACAUCUGUGGGGAGACGAACGAUAAGCUGAAGCAGCAGCAAUCAAGGAGGACAAUGAACUGCAGGAGCAAUUUGAGUUCAAAACCAGAUUAUAUAUUUCAAGAUUGCAAUUUAUUAGUACGUCUCGAAAUAUAUUAACUCGUAUUUACCAUCUGUAACAUUAUCCACGGCACUGAGAGGCGGAACUUUAUAUACCAGUUCUUUAUCAUUUGUAA